AUGACUAAUGUGAAUGACAUAUCAAGGAUGAUGAUGAUCAUGAAGGAGGAAAAUGAAAAAGGAUUGUCAAAGGAUGAGUACUUUAUAGCCUGCCUAUUGAUUCAUCCGGCUUCAUCAUUAUCAUCAUCAUCAGCUGCUGUUGCUGCUCUCUUCGUCUUCUUCAAUCAUUCAUCCUUCAAAUCCAUCACCGCAUGCUACUUUUACCAUCAUAUUACCUAUGAGAAAAGAAGAGAAAAAUUGGAAAAUGAGAGAGAGAAAGAAAAAACGAAAAUUGUAAAAUCUUAUUCAUUUUGUAAAAUGAAUUGGAGUAAAAUGAUUGAAUCAAAUGUACCACCCGUUGCUUUUUAUUUGACAAAUAUUGAUGCGUAG